AAGGAGUUCCCAUUUGCUGUAUAUACACCGUUAUUAUCUCUCUCUCUCUCUCUCUCUCUCUGAGUCUGACGCAUGUAAAUUUUACUCUAAAUUCGUCGAAAUCUCAAACUCAUCGGAAUUCAACACCAUAGUCUCAGUUUCAAUCAAGGAAUGGCUAAACAAGUUGUCGCUGCCCAACCGUCAGCUUCAUUUGAGUAUGAGCUUUUAGAUGGUGAUUCUGAUCACCUAAGGACUAUCGUAGGCUCUACAGACCAGAAAAGUCCAUGGAUUGAACCUUCAAAGUUGAAACUUAGACACAGAAUUGGGCGGGGACCCUUUGGUGAUGUUUGGUUAGCAACCCAUCAUCAGUCAACUGAAGAUUAUGAUGAGUAUCAUGAGGUGGCUAUCAAGAUGCUUCAUCCAAUUAAAGAAGACAACAUGAGAAUUGUGUUGGAUAAACUAGAAGAUAUGUUCCGUAAGUGUCAAGGACUAAGAGGUGUUUGUUGGCUACAUGGAACUUCAAUAAUCAGUGGAAAGAUAUGCAUCAUAAUGAAAUUAUAUGAGGGAUCAGUUGGUGACAAAAUGGCUCAAAUCAGAGGAGGAAAGCUUGCACUUUCUGAUGUUCUGAGGUAUGGGAUAGGGUUGGCAGCAGGGGUUUUUGAACUACACUCCAAAGGGAUCGUGGUUCUUAAUCUAAAACCUUCUAAUGUUCUUCUAAAUGAAAAUGACCAAGCAAUACUUGGAGAUUUUGGUAUUCCUUAUCUAUUGCUUGGCAUUCCAUUGAUAAGCUCAGAUAUGACUCGGCGGAUCGGAACGCCAAACUACAUGGCACCUGAACAGUGGCAACCAGAAGUACGAGGUCCAAUAUCCUUUGAGACCGACUCUUGGGGUUUUGGGUGCAGCAUUGUGGAACUGUUGACUGGUGUCCGACCUUGGGGUGGGAAAUCUGUUGAUGAAAUAUCUGAUUCAGUAGUCAGAAGGCAAGAAAAACCAGAUAUACCAAGUGGACUUCCUCCUGCAAUAGAGAAUCUUCUUCUUGGUUGCUUUGAGUACGACUUGAGGAGUCGCCCUUUAAUAACGGACAUAUUGAAUAUAUUUAAAAGCAGCUUGCAGAAUGCAAUCUCCAGUGGUGGAGACUGGACAGGUCUUGGGACUAGAACAAUCACAGAGAAAUCAAGUAGCACUGGUUACACGGAGUGGUUCCUUUCAAAGGAUCAUCUCCAAGUGGGAGACACAGUGCGUUCCAGAAAGCCAGCAAACUCCUGCAAACCUGAAAGUAUGUAUGUCCCAGAAGGCACAGUAGUGGGUGUAGAAGGUGACACAGAUCACCAUGGGUUUGUUUUGGUGAGGAUUCAUGGCAUCCAUGACCCAUUAAGGGUUCAUGUUUCAACACUGGAGCGGGUAACUUUUGGCUUGGCAGCUGGUGAUUGGGUGCGCUUGAAGAAAGAAGACAAGAAACACUCACCAGUAGGUAUUCUUCAUUCCAUCAAUCGCAAUGGUAAUGUAGCUGUUGGAUUUAUAGGGUUGGAAACUCUCUGGAAGGGGAAUUCUUCAGAGUUUCAAAUGGCAGAAUCCUACUGUGUGGGUCAGUUUGUUAGGCUGAAAGCUAAUGUUUUGAGCCCUCGUUUUGAAUGGCCUCGUAAGAGGGGAGGGAUAUGGGCUACUGGGAGGAUAUCGUGGAUCCUACCAAAUGGGUGCCUUAUUGUGAAGUUCCCGGGAAUGCUGACUCUUGGGGAUGAGAACUCGACCUUUGUAGCUGAUCCUGCUGAAGUGGCAUUGGUUACGUUUGAUACUUGCCCGGGAAUUGUGAAGAAGUACCAACAUCUUGAGGAUUUCCAUUGGGCAGUGAGACCACUUCUGGUUGCAUUGGGGCUAUUCACAGCCAUGAAGCUAGGCAUCUUUGUUGGAUCAAAAAUGGGGAGAUCCAAGGUGAGGAAACAACAGACUGGUGCUGCACAGAAUGAGAAUCAACACACAGAUGGUCAGAAUUCCGGCAAUCCGGCAUGGAGGCCUCCUAACGUGGCAAAUAUCCUUUUCCGAGAGGGUGCUUCAACAGGUCUUGCUCGGUAGUUUUAUGCACAGUUCAUCUGCCCAGAGCUAGUGAAGUUUGCUGUAAAUCAUACUUAUCUGCUGUAACUAGUUUGUUGGGUAGUUUAGGGCAUCUUACUAUUUAACUUCUGCGUGCUGGAGAGCAGCAGAACAAACAAUUAUCAGUGUCAAAUUUAGGGCAAACAGAUUCGCUCCUUGUGUAUAUAAAAAUGUAAAUAUGCUAAUUGACUUAUUUGUGUGAUUAAGACUGCAAUGUAUUUAACUUUGACCCAUAAUUUUAUGGGGUGUUAUUUCCUGGAAA